AGCCGCGAUUAGGCGACACCUAAUCGGUGAAAAGAAUUGGCCGAUUUUGACCUAAUUCAAUUGACCCGACCCAACCCGACCAGUCUGGAGGUUCGCGACUUAGGCUUUCCGUUCCAGGGUGACUUCCGCGACUUCCAGCCAUCGUUCUCCUCCAUCAGCCUCGAGCAGUGACUCUCCUCCAUGGGUCUCGUAAACUUGGAGUUGCAACAAGCUCUCUGAGUGCUGCAUCUGGAUCAACCCAACCACCGGGUUCUUCCAUUAUAAGAUUCUUUGAAGAUUCUGAAGGGGUUUUGCACGAAGAGACAUAUACUCUUAGUCUUACGCGAUCUUGUUUGGCCCCCUUGAGUUCAAAUAGAGGCACCAUCGGGUCCUCUAUGAGAAGGUUGCACCUAUCCAAUAUCAAACAACUGGAUGAUACAUCACUUAACAAGGCAUUAUCAGUUUGCGCUUCUUUGCAUGAUCUUGAAGUAGUGGGGCUGUGGCCUAUGAGAAAAGCUGUAUCAACCACACAAAUCUUUCUUUAAAAAGAAAUGAGAAGAAAGUUCUAGACAAACCAAAAAGGAAAGAGCAAUCUUUCAAAGGCGGAUGAAGUGUUUACAAUAUUUGUUUGAGAGGGUUACUAUAAUGUCGACUUUAGCCAAAUGGUUGGAUCAAUAAGCAAAUCAUGCCCUCUGAUUGAGCGUCUAGUCUUUGAAUCAUCAAAAGCAGGUAGAGAUUGCUGCUUUAGAUUGCACUCUUGCUAUGACUUGCUUAGUAAUUGUCCCAAUAUAUCUUCACUCGCACUUAGAGGAUUUCAGUUGCUGGACUCCGAAGCUCGUAUGCUUGUAGAGGGGUUUCACAAGCUUAAGCAUGUUGACUUUUCGACAUCCUAUGCACUCACUGGCUCUCUUCUUAAGAACCAUGGUGAUAAUGCCGUCCAGGAUAUACUUGAGGUCUUAAUUUUAAGAGACUGCAUGCAUUUGGAAGAAGCGGAAGUAGUGAGUUUCUUCUCGGCAGUACUUGCAGGGGAUUUCACGCAUUUGAAACACAUUGAUAUAUCCAAUGGCAAAAGCAGCUGCAGCAGGAGAUUAAUCUUUUUUAUUCCAUUUAAGCAAUUGCUGGAGGCAAGACCUGACUUGUGCGUGUUGGCUAACUUUCCGGAAGAAUGUGAAGGAAGUACUGAUGCCGUUGACUUCGGUGGAGACAGUCACAAUUACCCAGUGGACUAAGAGAUCCUAUCGCCGUGAUGAAUAUCUAAUCACUGGAAUGCUAGCUAUAAAAUGAUCUCACCUAAUUCAUGUUUAUGAAUUCUAACUGUGAAUGUAAGGCAAACAAAUGAUGAUGCCCAUG